GAAUUGAGAGAGUUUAAAGAAAAAUUAAGAUUAAGGCGUGAUCAAAUUCAAAGAACAUGGAAUGAUGCUAAGACUGUGUCCCUACGUGAAAAGGUCUCGUUUUUCUUUAGCGUUAACAAUGUACUGGGAACUGCUCUACUGCUAGCUUUUUGGCCAGAAUACAUUCCACUAUCCUAUACACUUCAACUAGCUUACUAUCUUCCACUUCGAAUAUAUACAUAUCGAAAACAAGCAUAUCAUUAUUUUCUAUUCGAUCUUUGUUAUGUGGUCAAUGGACUUAGUCUAGUGUUCCUUUGGAUUUGGCCUUCGAAUGUGUUACUGUUUCAAGCUUGUUAUGGGUUAGCACAUGGUCCAUCAGCUUUUGCAAUUGCUACAUGGAGGAACUCGUUGGUUUUCCAUUCCGUUGAAAAAGUCACAUCGCUCUUCAUUCACAUCUAUCCAGCACUCGUCUUUACAGUACUUCGACACUUCUAUCCAAAUGCACCAGAACGGUAUCCAGCCUUAGCCGAACUCGACACAAUAUCCGUUCCUCGUAUUCUUCUAAUCUGCUCCACAGUGCACAUAGUUUGGCAAACACUAUAUUACAGAUAUGUGAUCAUUGCUCGAGCUCAAAAGAUAGCAACAGGAGGUCGAACAACUUCUUUUACUUAUUUGCUCAACUCACGUACUGGACUUAUAUCUCGCCUUUUACAAUCUAUUCGACCUGAAUGGAGAGCUCAUGCGUUUAUGGUCGCUCAGUACCUCUAUACACUUUUGACUAUCUUGCCUUCUUUGGUUUGGUCCUUUCAUUCAAAGACCUUUUCAGGCUUAUUCCUUUGGGUGAUGUUUGCUGUCUCAGUAUGGAAUGGAGCAUCAUUUUAUAUGGAAGUCUUUGGUCGUAGAUUUGAGAAAGAACUGAACGCUUUGAAGAAAGAAUUAGAUAGUCUAAAUCGAGAUCCGGUGAUUGUUCUACCAGAACAAGCAAUGAUUGAAGCAUCAUUAGUAGAAACUCCACCUGAAUUAAACAACUCGAAUGAAACAAAAGCAUCGUGA